AUGGCGUCAUGGCAUCGAAAGAAAGAUCCACCUCCAUACGAAACUGCUGAACUAAUCAUAAGUGGCAUUAUUCCUAUGGUUCUUAUUGUCAUUGGAACAAUCGGUAAUAUUAUGUCCAGUUUGAUUUUGCUUAAAAGCGAAAAGUGUCGACUAUCUACUAACGUUUAUUUAAUAUUUCUAUGCAUUACGGAUACCAUUUCGUUGUAUCAAUGGAAUUUAAGUCAGGCUAUAUACACCUUCACCGAUGGUGCAAAUCCAGGAUGGGCACAAUCGGUGUUUCUUUGCAAAUUGAGUGCAUUUUUUGGCUUUUAUACUUUACAUACAUCGGCUAUGUUUCUCACCUUUGUUGAACUUGAUCGUGCAUUUCUGCUCCGUAGUCGAUGGUAUAAAAUAAGAAUAGCUCAACCGCGUGUAGCAUUAAUAAUAUGUGCUUUUAUUCUACUCGUUUUGUUUGCAUUGAAUGGAUUUUUAUUUUGGUUAGGUUUCGAAUAUUCUACCUUUAAUAAUAAUACUGGCCUACAAGAAACACAAGUAGCAUGCUAUUACUCAAUGGAUCAAAACCUUAAUGAUUUCUUUAGUAUACAAUAUUCAUGGAUUCAUGUUAUAAUCAUGUAUUUCAUACCAUUUUCAAUCAUGGCCGUUUGUACAUUGCUCGUGGUAAAAAAGCUUAUUAAUACACAAACAUUUUCAAAUCAACAAUUGGCAACGAAUGCUAAACGUAAUCGUCGUAUUUCACUCAUGUUGUUAUUCAUGUGUUUCGCUUAUGUUGUUUGCACUCUACCCAAUCGACUUUGCUUUUCAUUUUUUGCAAACGAACUCAUUGGUCAUGAUUAUACAGAUACGGUAUUUCUUAGUACGAAUACGUUGAUGUAUACAAGAAGUGCGUUGAAUGCAUUUUUUCUCUAUCAAUCUGUUCAUACUUUUCGACUAGAUGUACGGAAGUUCAUAUUAUGUUGUGGAAGAUGUAUUAUUAAAGUAGGCCCGAAUAAUACAUUGAUUGCAAAUCAUACUCUGUCGGCAUCAUUGGAUCAUCGAACUGUUAAAAGUGGUAUCGCUAUAUUGCCAAUCCAAUAA